AUGUCCGAUGUUAUCAGAGAACCACGACUAGAAGCAACCAAAUUCUUCAAGUAUCAGAUAGGCAAGAAUGCACUUUGCGUUCACGAAUUUUUUAAGAGUGUCUAUGCCUCACGGUGGUCACUAAGUGCCUUUGUCAAGUAUAUUGCUAAGUUGGAGACUGGUCUGUGUUUUGAACAACUCUUCAAAGUGUAUGUUAAAAGUUUGGAUCAAAUUUGUGUGCUACUCGUUGUUCCAGCUUGUGUUCGAGCAUUUGCUCAAAACUAUUUGAAAUGGCUGGAGACGUGCACGGGCAAGACACUGGUAAACGAAUACAGAGAAUAUUUUUUAGCUAAAGUGACGUUGCAAGAAAAAACUGAACUAAAAGACGACACAGUGAAUGUUACUGCGCAAGCGGAGGCAUACCGCGCAUAUAUCACUGCACCAGUUGUGCCAACAAAGUCGAGCACAUCCUUCUCGGAAGAUCAACUCUCGGAGUACCACACUCAGCAAACAGACGGGACAUACACAGGUGAUGAAUCUGACCGGGGUACUGACGAAGAUGUUCAAGAAAGGCACAAUGAUAAGGUAGACGAAGAAUUAAUAGAAGCUUCCGCAGAAAAAAAGCGAAAAUACGAGGAUGACGUGAAAUCGGCAAAAAGAUCUAGAUCACGUUAUGAAUCACCGUACUCGUCAUCUUCAUCUGAACCAAAUCCUUUUCUAGUUGGAAAUCAGAAUGACCAUAAUAUAGACGAAGAGGGUGAUGAAUUCAAUGCAUAUUUAACUAUUGUCGGUGGGAAAAGCGCUGAUUGGAUUAUUAAUGGGAAUAAUAUCAGAGAAAAGCUAACAAAUUAUCAACUUGAAGCAAAUCCACCUAAAACCCAUCCAGAAUAUUAUGAUAUUAUUUUUUUCAAUUUAAAUGACGAAGGCGGUUUCCUAAGUACGUUAGACAAAGGUAUUGUUGCGCAGAUGCGUAAGGACAUAAAGAUGGCAGAAGUAGACUCAAAGAACCAAGAAAUUAAAUUAUUUAUGAAAAAUAUUAUUGACCGCGAUAUUAAGAAGACUAAAGAAAAUCUUAGAAAAAAGAUUGAUACAAUUAUUUGUAUGAGAGAAGAAGAUAAAGAGUUCUCAGUAACCGAAGUCAGUGGACCCCCACUGAAAAAUGAUUGGACACUCUUCAUGGGUGAUCGUAUGAAGAUCAUGAAGAUGUUGAAAACUUUAAUGAAUCAAUUCGCCAAAUUAAAUCCAAGCUCCGAUAUCACAUUAAUCAGAUUAUUUGGGUUACAAGCUUAUUUGAAUGAGUUGACUAUAUACGAAUUCAAACUAAAAUAUACCGAGGUUUACACAACAGAAGCAAUACUGACAUUUCCUCUACCUAAAACAUGGGCAGAUAUGGUGAAUUCUGAUAAAGCUAUAAUGGGCUUGUUGAAGUAUGAGGUUCGUAUAAACGGAUUUUAG